UUCAGUCGGUCGGCGGCGGCGGCGGCGGCGGAGGAUGUGGGCCACGCACGGGCUGGCGGUGGCGCUGGCCCUGAGCGUGCUGCCGGGCGGCCGAGCGCUGCGGCCGGGCGACUGCGAAGUUUGUAUUUCUUACCUGGGAAGAUUUUACCAGGAUCUCAAAGACAGAGAUGUCACUUUCUCACCAGCCAGUAUUGAGAAAGAACUGGUCAAGUUCUGCCGGGAAGCCAGAGGCAAAGAGAAUCGGCUGUGUUACUACAUCGGGGCCACCGAUGAUGCGGCCACCAAGAUCAUCAACGAGGUGUCAAAGCCACUAGCCCACCACAUCCCCGUGGAGAAGAUCUGUGAGAAGCUCAAGAAGAAAGACAGCCAGAUCUGUGAGCUCAAGUAUGACAAGCAGAUCGACCUGAGCACAGUGGACCUCAAGAAGCUCCGUGUGAAAGAGCUGAAGAAGAUCCUGGAUGACUGGGGGGAGACGUGCAAAGGCUGUGCGGAGAAGUCGGACUACAUCCGCAAAAUCAACGAACUGAUGCCCAAAUACGCACCCAAGGCUGCCAAUGCACGGACUGAUUUGUAGUCUGCCCUCUGCCCGAUCCCUUCCGCGCCUGGGGGGCGGGUAACAGUUCAGCUGUCUCUUCCCAAGAUAGCCUUUUUGUAAUUUAUUUUUUAAGUGGGCUCCUGACAACAUCGGAUGGGAAGCCUGGAGUGUGGCCGACCAGGCUCACGGCAGUGGCCCCCGCAGGGGUCACUCUCUUCUGUUGCUGGUUUACUCUAGGACUUCUAAGUGUGUCUGGGAUUUUUUUAUUAAAAGAGAAAAAAAUUCUA